GACGGCGGUUCCUCGGCCUCUCUUAUUGCCGCUGAGUUGCGCUCCUCUUCCUCAGGCUGCGAGCAGGAGCCGCCCGGGCGCUUCCCACUUCCCCGCCCGCCGGCCGGCAGUGCCUGCUGCGGCAGCGCGCUCGCUCGCUCGCCUCCCGCCGGGGCAGAGCACCCUCGCCCAGCAGAGCGCUCCUGAGGUGUCGGCAGCCGCCAGUAUUUUUUGUCUGUCUUGUUUGUGUGUUUGUUGGGUUUUGUUUUUGUUAUUUUUUUCCCCCUCGUUUUUUAUUUGGCUUUCUAGUCUCGCUGGGAAUGGCAGGGGCAGCGGCUCCUGGAGAAGGAACAAGUGUGAGGAAAGGGAGAGGGAGCCGGAGCUAAAUGACAGGAUGCGGGCGGCUUGAGGCACAGAGAGAAGCCAGCCUCCUUCUGUCCCCGAGACUGCCCCUGCGGACCGUGCUUUCUGCUCCUCACUCCGGCUGGAGGAUUUAAGGAAGAGUUGUGCGUGGAAGGCAUUUUUAUUUUUUUUUUCCUCCUUUCCCUGCUGUCGGAAGGGAAAAUGGAUUGGGGACUUCUCCUACACUGUGCAGCCCUCACCUUCACCCUCGCCAGGGCUCUGCGGAGCGACAAGUGUGGCGACACGAUCAAAAUUUUAAGCCCCGGGUACCUGACGUCUCCCGGCUACCCGCAGUCCUACCACCCCAGCCAGAAGUGCGAGUGGCUGAUCCAGGCGCCGGAGCCGUACCAGCGCAUCAUGAUCAACUUCAACCCGCACUUCGACCUGGAGGACCGCGACUGCAAGUAUGAUUAUGUUGAAGUGAUUGAUGGAGAUAAUGCUGAAGGACGCUUAUGGGGAAAGUACUGUGGAAAAAUUGCUCCCCCUCCUUUAGUGUCUUCAGGACCAUAUCUUUUUAUUAAAUUUGUUUCUGACUAUGAGACACAUGGAGCAGGAUUUUCUAUCCGUUAUGAAGUUUUCAAAAGAGGACCUGAAUGUUCCAGAAACUUUACUUCAUCAAGUGGAGUGAUAAAGUCCCCUGGAUUCCCUGAAAAAUAUCCCAAUAGCCUUGAAUGCACUUACAUUAUCUUUGCACCAAAGAUGUCAGAGAUUAUACUGGAAUUUGAAAGCUUUGAGCUAGAACCUGAUUCAAAUACUCCAGGGGGAGCAUUCUGUCGCUAUGACCGAUUGGAGAUCUGGGAUGGAUUCCCCGAUGUUGGCCCACACAUCGGGCGUUAUUGUGGGCAAAACAACCCAGGACGUGUCCGGUCUUCAACGGGGAUUCUUUCAAUGGUAUUUUACACCGACAGUGCAAUAGCAAAGGAGGGCUUCUCAGCAAACUACAGUGUGUCACAGAGCAGUGUCUCAGAAGAUUUCCAGUGCAUGGAACCACUGGGCAUGGAGUCAGGAGAAAUUCACUCUGAUCAAAUCACUGUCUCCUCCCAGUACAGCGCUAUCUGGUCUUCAGAAAGGUCCCGGCUAAAUUACCCUGAGAAUGGAUGGACCCCAGGGGAAGAUUCUAUCAGAGAAUGGAUACAGGUAGACCUGGGCCUUCUCCGCUUUGUUUCUGGAAUUGGGACCCAAGGAGCCAUCUCAAAAGAAACAAAGAAGGAAUAUUAUCUGAAAACAUAUCGUGUAGAUGUCAGCUCCAAUGGAGAAGACUGGAUUACCCUGAAGGAGGGAAACAAACCUGUUGUGUUUCAAGGGAAUAGCAAUCCCACUGAUGUUGUUUACAGAGCUUUUGCCAAACCAGUUUUAACACGGUUUGUGAGAAUUAGACCUGUGUCUUGGGAAAAUGGAGUUUCACUGAGAUUUGAAGUGUAUGGCUGCAAGAUAACAGAUUAUCCUUGUUCUGGGAUGCUGGGUAUGGUGUCUGGCCUUAUUCCUGACUCUCAGAUUACUGCAUCUACUCAAGUGGAUCGAAACUGGAUCCCAGAAAAUGCUCGACUCAUAACGAGCCGCUCAGGCUGGGCGCUGCCACCAACUACUCACCCAUACACAAAUGAAUGGCUCCAAAUAGACCUUGGUGAGGAAAAGAUAGUGAGGGGCAUCAUUGUCCAAGGAGGAAAGCACCGAGAAAACAAAGUGUUCAUGAAAAAAUUCAAAAUUGGCUACAGCAACAAUGGAUCAGAUUGGAAAAUGAUAAUGGAUUCCAGCAAGAAAAAGAUAAAGACUUUUGAAGGCAACACCAACUACGACACGCCUGAGCUGCGGACUUUUGAACCUGUAUCGACACGAUUCAUACGUGUCUACCCUGAGAGAGCCACACACGGGGGACUGGGGCUGCGGAUGGAGCUGCUGGGCUGUGAACUUGAAGCUCCGACCGCUGUCCCUACCGUUUCCGAAGGCAAGCCUGUGGAUGAGUGUGAUGAUGACCAGGCAAACUGUCACAGUGGCACAGGUGAUGACUACCAACUGACAGGUGGGACUACAGUGCUGAAUACAGAAAAGCCAACAGUAAUUGACAAUACAUUACAACCAGAGCCACCGCUAUACAACUGUGGCUUUGGCUGGGGAUCCCAAAAGACUUUGUGCCACUGGGAGCAUGACAACCAGGUGGAUUUAAGGUGGGCAAUCCUGACCAGCAAAACCGGGCCGAUUCAAGACCACUCAGGAGAUGGCAAUUUCAUUUACUCACAAGCUGAUGAAAGCCAGAAAGGCAAAGUGGCCCGGCUGCUGAGCCCCGUGAUUUACUCGCAGAACUCCGCGCACUGCAUGACGUUCUGGUACCACAUGUCCGGCGCGCACGUCGGCACCCUCAAGAUCAAACUGCGCUACCAAAAGCCGGAUGAAUAUGACCAGGUGCUGUGGACCCUGAGCGGGCACCAGGCAAACUACUGGAAGGAAGGACGUGUUCUUCUUCACAAGUCUGUGAAACACUACCAGGUGGUUAUUGAGGGAGAAAUUGGAAAAGGAACCGGAGGAAUUGCUGUGGAUGAUAUUAAAAUUGACAAUCACAUAGCACAAGAGGAUUGCCGAAAAUCAACUGAUGUGGAGAAUGAAAUAGAUGAAGAAGAAGACCCAGAAAGUAAUCAAACAGGGUUUACACCUCCAUACCGUAGCACAGGUGAAGACUAUGAUGACAACAUCUCCAGGAAGCCAGGCAAUGUCCUGAAGACCCUAGAUCCAAUCCUCAUUACCAUCAUAGCCAUGAGUGCACUCGGGGUGCUUUUAGGAGCCAUCUGUGGAGUGGUGCUGUACUGUGCCUGUUGGCACAAUGGGAUGUCGGAGAGGAACUUGUCUGCACUGGAGAAUUAUAACUUUGAACUGGUCGAUGGUGUAAAACUGAAAAAAGAUACUAAACACACAGAAUUCAUACUCAGAAGCAUGAAGGCGUAAAGCAACUGGAGACGUCAGAGAAUCGGGAUGGAAGGACAUAGCUCGGUCGUGCUGGGGAACUGUUGAUCUCUUACUGUACAGGCUGAAAAGUGCAUUGAUGACACUGAGCCAAGCUUUUCUCAGGAGCUUCAAUGAGUGUGUAACCGAUGAACAUGGACAACAAUCUGUGUUAACAACCUGAAUCAUGUACAGUCUGCUUCUUCUGUUGGUUUUAUUUGAAAUAAUCGAAUGCUGGUGUUGAGACCAAGUAUGAUUGACUUAUAAUUCAUUUUGUCUUUCUUUCUCUCCCUCUCUUUUGUUUUCCGUUAAUGGAUAAUUUUGUUUUUACUGUGCAAAAUCCAAGAUGCUGUCACAAAAUGUAUUCAGUGGGGUCCUUUGGAUGGACAUGCUGUCUGUAGCUCAGUGCCCAGAAAAUAUUGGAGUAACAGCAAUUUAGUGGACUUCUGCACCUGUAUUUGUGUAUAAUUGCUCGUGUUGUGCAUAGGCAAAGAAGGGUUAGGAUGUUUUUGAAAGUACUGCUGCAUCAGUACCGAUAUAGCGUGUCAGCUCUGUUUACGAAGCAAUACUGUCAAAUUUUAUUGAUGUUUUUCAGUGUUGUACUGAAUUUUGUGCUUGUGAACUCCAUAAAAGAGUAUGUGCCAUCAUCAGACACAACUGGUAACCAAGUGUACUGCCUAAAAACUAAACAAAAAAAGUCCUUGGCACUGGCUAGUGUAUGUCCUCUCAAGUGCCUUUUUGUUUGUACUGCUUCUCAUUGUGUUAACAUUAACUACAGCUUCUCUGCAGUUACGCCCUUGUCUUUAAUCAUAUUCUGAUGGCUCACUGACUAAAAGAAAAGUAUAUUUUAGUGUAAGAAAACAGCCUCAGCCAAGGCAAGGGCUAAUCGGUUUUGACAACCUGGCUUGAUUGUUCUGCUUUCUGUAUUUCAACUUCAUGUCUCUUGACCCUUUUGUAUAAAGCUGCAAUAUCCCCUUUUAUUGUUCUUUCAUAUAGAAUGUAUUUUCAAAUGUAAAAUCUCUCUCCCUUUCUCUUCUCUUCUCUUUCCCUUUCUCUUUGUCUCCCUGAGUAGGUUUCAUAAGCAUUUGCCAUUGCCAAGGAAAGAAAACUUCAGCUUUAACUUGCUGGUAAUGGCAAAGGAUUUUAUUAGAGUUUGUGUUAAAAAAUAAGGGAAAAUUCUUAACUUUAUCCUCCAAAGUCGAACUUUGGGUUUCUUCUUAACAGCAUAAAAUGACAGUAUCUUUUUUCCUGAUGUCAUGAAACAUGUCUUUUAUCCUGAACAGCUUGCCUGUUAAUUACACUGGGGAAAAUGCUUCCCUCACAGAAAAGAUUGCCUUUAAAACAAGAAACUUUCCUCCUCUUGCCCCUACCUGAACUCUUAGUUCUGCUCUCUCCGUAACCAUGUAUUUUCUAAUCAAUGCUAAUUGGGCUUAGGAGUAUGUACUGAGGGCAGAAUUAAAUCCCACAAUGUAUGUAGGGUAUGUUCUUACCAUCAUGUUAUAUCCAAUUGGCAUUUCAUACCAGGAAGUUUCUGUUUGACCACAAGUGCAGGCAGUGACCAAUGCAGUGAACUGAGCACUCUCAGCCGUCGGGAGAAUGUGCUUGACAAUGAUGGGGAAUUUUUUUAAAUAUUUUAGGGCAAACACUAUUGGUCAAAUAAUAUUCAACAGCCUAUGCAGCUGGUCCAACAGGGUAAAAACAAACAAGAGCAUGUUUCCCACAGGGGUCUUACAAGGCAGUGAGAUAGCAGAGGGGUCACUCCCCUCCUGCAGGUGCAAGGGGAGCCCCUGGGUUUCUGCAGUGACCUGCACACAGUGCAGCCAUAAAUGGGGGGCAACAUCAGCCUCCCCUGGGUACCCACCAACCAGCAGAGAAAACCAGUGCAAACAUGGGGAAAGGAACAUCCUGCCAAGUGCUGAACUCAUGUUUUUCCUCAUUGAAAUUCCUGAGUAGAGUCAGGGAAGUGAUUGGGACUGAGUUAGUCUUUUUCCAAAAUUGCUUUUGUAGAAGAGCAAUAAAAUAUCCUGUCCAGGAUUAGGAUUAAAGAAGGGCUAAUUCAGCCUUGAAUUACUUGGAGCAAAAGAAUCCACCCCUAUCUAUACACCAAAUGCUUUGAAGUGUAUAAUUUCACCAGUAUGAACUAUAAAAUAGAAAAAUAUGUAGAAAAUCCACUAGUAACCCAGAAAUGGAAGAAAAGGGAGGGAAACAGUAGGUGAAAAUGAGGUUUGAAGUAAAAAAUAUUUUAAAGGAAGACCCAAUAGAAAAAAAGCAUGAAAAGUUGCUACUUAGAGGAGUCCUAAAGGCAAUGACUAUCCUGAAAACGCAAACACCCACUUCAGGUCAUCAAACCUUAGAUUGAUGGAAGAGCUACCUCCCCAGCCUCUCAACCUUGGGUCCCCCAAAGGGUGAGACAGUGCACCUAAGGCCUGAAAGUUUUGCCUAAAAGUUAGUCCAUGAGAUGUCCCAAGCGACAGACUCACUUUGUCAGAGGUAGAAUUUUCAUUGGUUUCUAACACUGUAAUUUGACCAUAAUGGCAUUGCAGCAGCUAGUUAAUUAACCCAAAGAAGAAAAGAAUUUUUCAAAACUAUUUUCAGCAGACCACCACUGUGUGAGUCAGGAAUUAAGGGUCUAGUCUCCUUAGCUGAAAACCUUCUAGUCCACUAACUUGAUGAAGAGUUACAUGCUUAUAUUGCCUUGAAGAGAAAAUCCCAUUGAGGAGCCCAAAUGCAAAACCUUUUGAAAUAUUCCCACUGAUUUCAAUAGAUUCCAGACCAGCUCUGUGUCUUGAUGUAUUUGAACAGAAAAGCUGGUAUUUGCUAGGUUUUUUCCUUCUUUUAACAUACAGAGAAUAGUGAACCUAAAAAAAAAAUUAUCUCCUUUGUGGUCUUCAGACAUUACUAUGAUAAUAAGGAUCUAGCACUGAAGAUUUGAUUUCUCUGAAGGUAAUAGAAUUAAAGUUGCCCUUCAAUAAAGGAAAAAUGAUACUGCAACUUUACAUUGAAAAGUAUCUUGCACUGAUAAAUAUAUUUAAAAAAAUUAUAUGUUUAUAAAGUUAUUAAUUUGUAAAGGCAGUGUUACAAAAUGUUCAGUUUAUAUUGUUUUAGAUUGUUUCAUAAUUUUUAAAGUGUAAAAUAACAUAUUUUUUUCUUUAUUGAAAAACUAUAAAAAUCUUCUGUAGUAAAAUGAUUUCAUUUUACUGGUAUAUUAUUGCUUCAUGUUUUGUACCAUCAUAAAACUUUGUGCAAAUUUUUUUUACAGAAAUUUUUAUUUUCUAUGACAAUAUGACACUUGUAAAUUGUUGUUUCAAAAUGAACAGCGAAGCCUUAACUUUAAAUGACAUUUGUAUUCUCAGACACUGAGUAGCAUAAAAAAACCACAUAGAACUGAACUGUAACUUAAAUUUCCAAACUAUGACUACUACAUUCCAAAGAAACAGUUGAAUUAAACAUUUUCAUAAAAUA